AUUUAAAAACCCACCCGCUAUUAUAAAACGGCGUCGUUCAUGUUAUUUUAAAAACCCCACCCGCUGCUUUUUUCACUUCGUCUUCUUCCUCAGAACUCUCUCUGUUUCUAAUUUUCUCUGUAAUUUCAAGAAUUCUCUGUCUCAAAUGGGUAUUGACCCCUUCUUCUUCUUCUUCUUCUUCUUCUUCUUCUUAUUGUUCUUCUUCCUCUCCUCCUCUUUCUUCUUUUUUAUUCUUACAGAAAGAAGAAAUUUGAAAGAAGCUCCAAGAAGGAAGAAAGUUACGAUCUCCCAGCCAGAGAUAAACCAAAGAUUUCAGGACGACAUAAUCUCUGCUAAUCAACCAGUUAAUCAGCUAAAAGAGCCGGCAAUGCUAACUAGCGAGGAGAAAAUGCGUACCAUCUUUAUGACUUUUGAUGUUAAUCAAUAUGCCAUGAAGCACAAUCAAGUGCUGAACUUCUUCACCGGGGAACUUGCAGUCAAUCGUGAAGAUAUGCAAUUGAUAUAUCUGUACCCAAAGAAAAAACCUCUCCAUGGCUUCAUCAAGUUAAGCAGUCCUCUGUUGGUGUGUCGUGUCUUGGGGUACAAGCACGGACAAAAGGAAUGUAUCAUCAAAUCGAACGGGAAGUCCAUUUACUUGAAGCCAUGGACAGACGAUUAUCUGGAGAGGUUCGGGCAGUAAUAAGUCUUGAAGACAAACUGCUAUUUUAUUAAGUCUAUCUUCUGUUCCUUCAAUUGUAUAUAGAUGGCUAAUUAAACUGUUACUGGUUUAUGGUGAUAAAUUUCCCAAGGUUUAGUGUUAAUGUACACCUUGGUGAUCAUCGUUCUAUUAGGCAAUAGGCGUGGGGCUGAGCCUCCCGGCUAAGACCGGGUU